AUGCAAGUGCCUACAGCCACUCUCAUUUUGGCUGCACUUUUGGCGCUGGCCACCGGCAAAGCCAGCAACAGCCAUGAGCAGGUGCACAUUGCCCUGGGAACCGACGAAACGGAGAUGGUGGUCACCUGGGCGACGAUGCACCACAUCACCGACACGGGCACGGUCGAGUACGGCCUGCAGGCGGGCAACCUCAGUCAGCAGGCGGCCGCCGAGGUGAGCCACUUUGCGAAGGACGGCGCCAGCUUCUACACCUACCGAGCACUGCUCACCCACCUCAAACCGGCCACUCAGUAUUACUACCGCGUCGGGAGCAAGGGCAGCAGCCACUCUGCGGUGUUCACCUUUCGCACACUGCCCAGCGGAAGCAAGUGGCUGCCGCGCUUUGCCGUCUACGGCGACCUCGGCUUCCAAAACGAGGAGUCGCUGCCCUUCCUCACCAAGGACGUCAUUGGUCAGCCGAACAAUCACCCACUCUACGAUGUCAUCUUCCACGUCGGCGACAUGGCCUACAACCUCUUUGAGCGAAGGGGAGAGCAGGGCAAUGACUUUAUGCGGUCGAUUGAGAAGGUGGCCGCCCGGGUGCCCUACAUGACCUGUCCGGGCAAUCAUGAGGAGAAGUCGAAUUUUAG